AUGAAUGAUGUGAUCGAUCCCAGUGCAUACGCCACUGAAGACAACGAUACGAUAGCUGCUCCUCCAGUUACUGUCGGGGCUUUCAACAUACAAAUAUUUGGUAUCAGAAAAUUGCGUCAUCAACACAUCACUGAAUUGCUGAUGAAGAUCAUCAAACGAUAUGAUAUUUUGGUAAUACAAGAGAUUAGAGAUCGUCAUCAAACAUCACUGGAUAAGCUUCUCAAUAAUCUGAAUGUAGUAGAUCCUUACAAUCCAUAUAAAUAUGAAGUCAGUGAGAGAUUAGGUAGACGAGGUUGUAAAGAACAAUAUGCUAUAUUAUAUAGGUGCAGAAAGUUACGUAUAAAAGAUACGUAUCAAUAUGAUGAUGGAGUUGACGAUGGUUCGGAUACCUUUGCUAGAGAACCUUUUGCUGUUAGAUUUGAAUCGCCUACUACCGAAAUUAAAGAUUUUGCUAUAAUUGCUAUCCAUACAGCACCUAGGAACGCAGUAAACGAGAUCAAGGCUUUACAUCAAGUAUAUGAACAGACAAAGCACCAUUGGGCUUUAGAGGACAUAAUAAUAGCUGGUGAUUUUAAUGCUGAUGGUGAUUAUGUGAGGAAGGGUGACUGGGAGAAAAUCACAUUGAGAAGUGAUCGACGGUUUUCCUGGUUGAUCGAAGAUGACGCAGAUACAACAGUUGGCAGUACCGAUUGCGCUUACGAUAGGUUUGUGGUAGCUGGUAGAAAAUUGACGUCCGCCGUAGUACCUGGAAGUGCUACUGUGUAUAGAUUUGAUUUAGCUUUUGAUUUAACACAAGAUGAGGCGAAGGAUAUAUCUGACCAUUAUCCUAUAGAAUUGAAAAUAGCAGGUUUAGGUAGGUCUACAAGAAUAUGUUUUCGAUGA